CCUGAGGUGUUUGUUUUCUCGAUUUCUUGGUCCUUUUUGUGGCAAAAAAGCCACCUAAAAUUUAUCAAAACAAAUAAUUUUUGGAACACAAGCAAAGAGCACAUGUCCUCUCUCUUAACUCUCAAGAUUUUUUGAUGCAUCAAAAUACAAUAGAAGAAAGAAAUUUGAUAUGCUCAAUACUUUUAAUCUUCUGCAAGAAAUCAUCGACUAGCAAUGGAAUCCAUGGCCCGUUUUUUCCAUUACCAUCAUCACCAUCAACAUCAGAAUCGAAAGAGAGAGCUCAUGGCGGAUUCCUUCUUUGCAUAUCUUGACGUCGUCAAUGGAGAUCCUAAACAGGAUAGUCUUAAAGACCAGUUUAGAGAAUUCAAGAGCUCUUGCCUCUGCUUUUGACAGUACAGGCCAAAGAUUGGAGGGGAUGAAACAAAGAUUACCAUUUCUGGAAGCCGCUGUUAAACAUGUCCCCAGGCAAAAGUGCAAAUUUGUUGCAAUUAGAGAGCAUAUUGAUCGUGCCAUUGGCCCUGCCUCAGCGGUGCUAAAGGUGUAUGAUAUCAUUCAAGAGCUCCAGAAGUCACUAUUGUAUCACCCGUGUUCUGAUCUUUCAACUUACCUGCUAAUGGUGAAACAGCUUGAGGAAUCAUUGAAAUUUCUGGCUGACAACUGCGGGCUAGCAAUUCAGUGGCUGGAGGCUAUUCUUGAGUUUCUGGAAGAUAAUGCAGUUCACGAUGAUCUUUACAUCUUGAACGUCAACAAGUCAUUGACCAUCCUGCAAGAGUUGCAAGCCACUGACAGACAAGCUCGGCUCGGUGGGGGGAUUCUCUGUGCUGCAUUUGACAAACUUGAAAUUGAAUUCAAGCAGAUUCUUGUGGAGAACUGCGUUUGUAUUGUUUUGGAUUCUUUUUCAUCUUCUAUGCGAAAUCAAGCCUCCACUGCCCCAUCUCCUCUGCCAGUGGCUGUUAUACAGAAGCUUCAGGCUAUUGUUGAGAGGCUAGAUGCAGCUAACAGGCUUGAGAAAUGCAUUUCGACUUACGUUGAAGUUCGGUGUCUGAAUACCAUGAGAAGUUUUCAAGCUCUUGACUUGGAUUACCUCAACCACUCAUUCAACGAAUUUGAUGAUGUGCAAGAUGUUGAGUGUUACGUUGAUCAAUGGUGCAAGCAUUUGCAGUUGGCCGUGAAACAAGUUUUUGAAACUGAAUAUAAGAUUUGCAGUGAUGUGUUUGAGAAGAAUGGACCAGAAGUUUGGAUGGAUUGCUUCGCAAAAAUCGUUACACAAUCUGGAAUUCUUUCUUUCCUCCGCUUUGGAAAGAAGAUUACAGAGUGUAAGAAUGAUCCAGUGAAGCUCAUGAAGCUACUGGACAUUUUUGCGAUGUUGGACAAUCUGAGAGUGGAUUUCAACAGACUUUUUGGAGGGUCAGCAUGCAUUGAAAUCCAGACUAUGACUAGGGAUCUCCUCAAGGGAGUUGUUAAUGGAGCUUGUGAGAUUUUCUGGGAACUUCCGAUCCAAGUGGAGCUGCAAAGGCGAAGUUCUCCUCCUUUAGAUGGUAGUGUUCCAAGGCUAGUAAGCUUUGUAACCGAUUACUGUAAUCAUCUACUAGGGGAUGAUUAUAGGCCACUGUUGACUCAGAUUCUGACAAUUCAACAGAGUUGGAAACAAGAGAAGUACCAAGAGGAACUCGUUACCAACCAGAUUUAUUGCAUAAUAAAGCAGAUUGGUCUAAACUUGGAUGCAUGGUCAAAAGCCCACUAUGAUCUCACACUGUCCUACCUUUUCAUGAUGAAUAACCAUUGUCAUUUUUGCAGCUUGAAAGGAACAAAUCUUGGAGGUUUGAUGGGAGAUUCUUGGUUGAAAGCUCAUGAACAGUAUAGGGACUAUUACAUGACUCUUUACCUGAGAGAAAGCUGGGGAAAAAUAUUUGCUUCUCUUAGCCAAGAGAGUCGAAUUUUAUCUUCUCCCACUAGGGGAUUUGAGGGGGAUUUGUUCAAGAAGAGACUGAAGUCAUUCAAUGAGGAGCUUGAUCACAUGUACCAGAAGCAAUCCAAUUGGGUUGUUCCCUGCGAAGACUUAAGGCUGAAGAUGUGUAAACUUGUUGUCCAGGCUUAUGUACCUCUGUACAGGAGCUACUUGCAGGACCAUGGAUUCCAGGCUGAAACUGAUGCUAGUCCCAGCAGACAUGUGAAAUACACUACGCAAGGUUUGGAAGCCAUGCUCAGCUCUCUCUUCCAGCCAAAGCUAAGCAAGUCUGGCAGCACCAAACACAACCGUUUGAUUGGUAAAAUAAAAGACAUGGUGACUGAUAACUUUCGCUUGGCACUAAUGGCUGUAUAAAGCGUACAAGGUUCUUACAGUUGCCUCUUGUCUCUGUUAUCUACUGGAUAGCUUCUUUUUUCUUUUUAAUUUCUCCUAGAGUUUCUAGCUCCUGUCUUGUGUAUGUUUGUUCAUCUGCCAAAUGAAAACACAUCGCUUGGUGGUU